GCAGGGGCGCUCCACGGAGGUCAGCUGUCUGAGCUGCUCACUCUGAACCACAGAAGAAGACGCCGAGGAAGCCGCGGGGGGAAAUACAAAAUGUCUGCUCCGAAAAGCAUCCCGAAAGACGCUCAGGUGAUGAUCCAGAUCCUGAAGGACAUGGGGAUCACGGAGUACGAGCCCCGGGUCAUCAACCAGAUGCUGGAGUUCACCUACAGAUACGUGACGACCAUCAUCGAGGACGCCAAGAUCUACGCCACGCACGCCAAGAAGUCCAGCGUGGACGCCGACGACAUCAAACUGGCGAUCCAGUGCCGCAUGGACCAGUCGUUCACCUCGCCGCCGCCGCGAGACUUCCUGUUGGAAGUUGCGCGGCAAAAGAACCAGACCCCCCUUCCUCUGAUCAAACCGUACACGGGUCCCCGCCUCCCCCCGGACCGCUACUGCCUCACGGCGCCCAACUACCGCCUGAAGACCGCGCAGAAGAAGGUGUCCUCGGCAGGCGGCCGGAUGUCGGUGCCCCGGCUCAGCGUCGGCAGCGUCUCCAGCAGGCCGAGCACGCCGACCCUCGGGACCCCGUCUCUGCAGUCCGUGUCCACUAAGGUGGGCGCCCCGGUGUCUCUGACGGGUCAGAGGUUCACGGUUCAGAUCCCAGCAACGUCGCAGACGGCCGCCACCAAAACCAUCACGCCGUCCACGCCCGCCGUCUCCAACGUGCUCAUCAACCCGUCUCUGAUCGGGUCAAAGAACAUCCUCAUCACCGCCAACAUGGUGACGCAGAGCGGCGACCCGCUGAAGAGGAAGCGCGAAGACGACGACUACGACGCUUUAUGACACAGCGGCUUUUAACGCACACACACACGCACACACACACACAAUCCAACAGGAAGUAGAAGUAAGUUUAACUCGACCAGUCGGACGGAUUCAAACACCAGAAGUUCCUCCGAUGUUCAAUAAACUGUUGAAACAUAAA